AUGGCCGACCCUCUCCUCACAAGCCUUUGCGCCAUCUGCCACGUCAACCCUCCAAAGUACAAGUGCCCUCGAUGCACGAUUCAGACAUGUUCAGCGGGCUGUAACAAGCGGCACAAGACGUGGUACUCAUGCAAUGGCAUUCGCGACGCGACCGCCUACAUCCCUCCCUCGAAGCUCAAAACUCCCGCAGGUGUCGAUCACGACUACAACUUUUUAUCGAGCAUCGAGCGCGCCGUUCAGCGGUCCGAGAAGGAGAUUGUUGAGGAGCGCCGGCUUCUUCGUCCUGAGGAUUUGCGUCCUCUCGAAGUCAGAAGCGUCAAGUGGAAGACGGGCAAGGACGGGCGAAAGAGGAGGGUACUUGUGACGGAAUUGCUGCGUGGUGAGAAUGCUGUCGUUUUGGAUUCCAAGAGUGCGGAGGUGCUGUCUUCUCCGGCUUUCAGGAAGAGGCUGGGCAAGUUUGCCAUCCUUCUUAGGCGUGCGCCCAUGGGCAUGACGAGGCAGAAGGAGAAUGGCACAACGUUUAGCAAGGCCUCAGGUCGGAUUAACUGGCAGGUUGAGUGGUUGCUUGUGCAAUCCAAUACCAAGGAAAGUAGGGAAAUAUUGCCGCAGCAAGAAGAGAUGGAUGCCGACAAUACUGCACACCAGGCAACGAAGAGGAUCAUGGCCAAGGCAUUCGACGACAUACCACUUUACAGGGCCUUCAUUGCAGGCCAGAAGAAUUCCGACGAUGAAUUUGCGAGGAAGGAGGAGGUGGCGAUGCAGCAGCAGCAACGACAACAAAACCAUCAAGACGACUUCCAAUAUGUUGACGAGAUUCGAGACGCGAAUUCGAGUGGCCGCGCCAAGAGGCGUCGCAAACACCCUCAUAAGCCUGGCCAGUCGAUGGCCACUGCUCAAGAUACGGAGACGGGCGCCUGGCACCCGGGGAGAUACUGCUUGCAGAACCCUAUCGUUGGUAGCUGGGUGCCCUACACAGGAGUGUCCGCCUUCACUGGAACGACGGAAGAGGAGGAGGCGCAGAGAAGGAGGUACAGCUUCUUCCUCGUAGGAACAACCUCCGCGGCCGCAGCUGCCGCAGGGCAAACGGUGGUUCACAGUGUCGACGCGACGCUGCCACUAGGCGAGGCACUCCGCGAUAUGACGGUUCUCGAAUUCCCUACCGUCUAUGUUGUCGAACCAGGGACAUCACUACCCUCGUCAUUGAUAUCGGAACAGAAGCCGGUCCGUCUCACUCCAAAACGGAAGCGGGACGACGAGCUCCUCGGUAGGAAGGGCGGCAAGGGCUACAAGAUGAUACGACGUAAGCUAGAGGAGGGUGAGUUGCCUAGCAACGAGGAUGACGACCACGGGAGCGAUGACAUGGGCGCUGGGGGGAGGAUAGAUGCCUUGACAAAUGUCAUUGCCGAGGAAAGUCUCGGCGAGGACGACGACGAGACUGCGACAAGUAGCUCCGGAUCCGAUUCGGAUGAAGAUGACAGUGUGAGUGCUAGCCUUGCGGCCAAGUUGGCCUUGUUGCGAAAGAAAUAG